UUUUUUCAAAAUUCCUAGCUCUAGCUACGACACGGGCACAGUGAUCCAAUUGCACAGUAAGAAUUGGAAACUUCAUUGCAAGCUUCAAUUAAAUAUUAAAAAUAUUCUUAAUGAUCUUCUAAAGUUUUUUAUUCAAUACAGAAUUUAUUUUAAAUAAUGUUACAACAACAACAAAACCAUCACCCAGGAGCAGAUAUGUUUCUUCUUUUCUACAUUAAACGCCAGAUUGAAAAAGACUCUAAUCUCGAAUGGUUUGAAGCUCCUUAUUGCGCAGAAGAUGAUCCCCCUCAAGAAUGGUUGCUUCUCGAACAAGCAGCACUUAUUUUUGAGAAUGAUAAUCGAAAAGAAAUUGAAGAAACAAUGAUUAAUAGACUUGUACCUUUGGGAAGACUUAACUUUAGAAGCUUCCGAAUGAUUGUCCGUCACUAUCUAGACUUAUUAAGUCAACGAAUGGACAAAUCCAUUGCUUUGUUAGCGUUGAUAGCUUUUACUGGGUUAUAUGCUAGACGAUUAGCCGAAUUGGAUGCUUCACAAUGUGAAGAAGAGGAUGAAGAAAAUUCUAAUAAAUUACCUAGAGAUUAUAGACGUGAAAUUUAUCAAGUUUCUAUUUAUGGUUCGGGUAUUUUGCUAUCUACGAUUGAGGGUUCUUGGGUAAAUAUUGAAAUUUUAUAA